AUGCCCUUACCCAUCCCCCGAAGCAUCCAGGAUGGACUCCUGGAGCGCGUGCAAACCAUCGACAGGCCCGCGCCCUCUAUCACCACCAACGAAUCCAAAGUCAGCCUUAUCAUCCCAGGAUCCCCGAAUGAAUGGGUAGAUAAGAAGACACCUUUCACCCUUGGGCAUGAUACCGGCAUCGUUGUCGCAGACCAAAAUGCCUACCGUGUCCCAGAUACACCCCUCCUUCCCCUCUUUGUUGCCGUGAACGUAAAAUCCAGCCUUGAUACCGCUUCCUCUCACAAUUCCCCCUCUGGCGCUAGUCCACCCCACUUUGACCGGCCCUCCAACGACUUCAUAACCGACCGCAACAACCUACGCAAGCUCCUCCGCUGGAUCAACAACUCCCCAGACUCGGAUUUCCGGAUUGACGUGCAGCUGGCAGGCAAGAAAACCAUUUUAAUGUCUCGCUAUACGACGAACGUGCGGGAGAAGGCUGCGUAUGGCUUCGGCCACAGUUUCGAGAAGGCGUGCACGAAACCCGCCGCGCAGUGCGAAGGCGGUGUGAGUCAUCACCGGAUCAUCAGAUACGACAUGAACGGACUGAAGAUGAUCGUGCGGUAUGAAGUUGACGGGUACCUGCCUGAUACCAGUCCAUACACGCAUUCCUGGCGCCAAGCUGCGUCCGCCACUGCCCCCACUGCCGUCAACAACCUCCCAGAUACCCCCGCCAGCGUCAAGUUCACUGCGGCCACCCCAGAGUCUACACCCCCCGAAUUCAAACCCAAAGCCGAACCCGUGCUACACGCCGGGCUCACCGUCUACCCAGGCGGAUCGUGGUCGGUCCCCCAGUCCUCCAUCCUCGAGAUGAAGACCCGCUCCCAGCGCAACUUCGACAUGAUAAAUUGGUCGGAGCUGCACGGGCAGCUCUACGUCUCGCAGACGCUCCACUGCUUCAUCGGGAUCCAUCAGCGGGGAACGUUCACCACCCUUGUGCGGCAGAACCUGCGGUCGGCGGCGAUGGAGAGGGUGAGGGCUUCCGAGCAGCCGAAGCUGAAGGCGCUGAGGUGGGUGCUGGCAGGAUCUGUUGGUCAAGAGGGGAGGGAAUGCCCGGGUGAGCCUAGUUUCGGAAGCGGGAGUGUUGGGGGUUUAUGA